UAUAUAUAGUUAUAUACAGUAUAUAUUUGCAAAUGAUAUGCGAGUGCAGGUACUGUAACGCGUAUUGUGUGUUUGUCAAUGAGUGAGUGAGUGUAUGUAUGUGUGUGUGAAUGUAGUCAACUGCAUAUCAUUGCAUUUAUUGUGUAUUUCUAUGUAUGUGUAUAUACUAGUUAUAGACAGGUGUGUGCAUACAUAGGGAAAGGUGUUUUGAGUGCCAUUUUUAAACCUCCUUUGGAAGGAGGCUAUCGUUCCAGUGUUUGGAUUAGUCUAAACAUUAACUAAAAACAACAAACACUAUGAAAAUGCAUAACUUGAAUAUUGUGUCAUAUAUUAUACUAAUAGCAAUCAUAAGCCAAAGUUAUACAGUGGCUGUCGAUUACUUCAAAUAUGAGUCUACAGCCCGACAGUCCAGAGUUGAUAACGAUAGCCAUCGGACACCGUUAGCCAUUCAUGAGAAACGAUCAGCUAAUGUCUAUAACAUUAAGUGUCCAAAACAAGAGUAUAUUCAUCCCUGUGAUUGUUUGGAACUCGAUAAGAGAGUCGAGUCAGAGCUUGAAAGCAGUGGUGACGGCGAGUCUGACACCGGGACAACCGGCACACCUACUCUUGACCUAACAAUUGAUGAUAAUAUUCAUCCGGAUUUGAUAGAAACGGUGGCCUUUUGUAAAAAUAUUAGGAAUGUCCAGGUCUUGACUGAUGCCAUCAAAGGAUUUCAAGGCCAUCGAAUAAAUUACUUUGUUCUGGACGGUUGCAAAUUACCUCCCUUUCCCAACAGUCUCUUCAAUGAUGUAAACAUACUGUGGAUGGAAAUACUGAACUCUACCCUUCAGUUCCACGAGAAUUACUUCAAUACAAAUCACUGUCCAUAGCAUAGGACUAACACUUAUGUCAGAGACAUUAUAAGUCAUAUGAGAAGUACAAUCAGUGACUGAAACUAAUUAACACAAAAAACCGUUUUUUGACCAAAUAUUUAAUUUAACUAACAAAAUGCUACAACUAUUAACUUAUUUUUAAAAAUGCCUUAAAAGCAUAAUCACAAGUAAUCAUAACAUAUAUUACUGUAUAAU